CUGCCGGGCCAUGGAGCGACUGCGGCUGCAGCCGGGGGCCGCAGCGGCGGUGGAGGAGUACGCGGAGUACCGCAGAAUUGUAGGUGAGGAUGAUGGAGGAAAACUCUUUACUCCCGAGGAAUAUGAGGAGUAUAAAAGAAAAGUGUUACCAAUCCGGUUACAGAAUAGAUUGUAUGUGAGCUGGCGAUCACCAACUGGGAUGGACUGUAAGCUAGUGGGCCCAGAGACACUGUGCUUUUGUACCCAUAGGUAUAAACAACACAAAACAGAUUUUGAAGUGAUUCCAAAAGAUCGUCCUAUUUGUGUACCUUGUAGAGUGAGCCAUUGUCAAUGCAAGUCCUAUCACUAUGUCCCAUUAAAUGGCACUCAGCCUAUUUGUUGUAGAUGCAAACAUUUUGUUGAUCAGCACAGUGCUGCACCUGGAUUUGCAUGCAACUCAUGUUCCAAAUGCUCAGGUUUUCACAGUUCCUUUACCUGUGGCUGUGGUCAGCCAACAUAUACUCAUGAAACAGUAGUGGAAACUAAACAAGAGCGCUCAGCCUUGGGAAAGCCUGUGGGGCAGGAUGUGCCUUAUGCUGCAAUGGGAGGACUGACUGGCUUCAGUUCACUAGCAGAAGGAUACAUGAGACUUGAUGAUAGUGGAAUAGGAGCACCAUCAGUUGAAUUUCUUGAGUCUCCUGUUACCAACAUGGACCAUCCAUUUCUAAAAGCAUUCCAAGGACCAUCCAGUUCUGUGCAAGUCAGCUCACAGUUACCAGGUAGUUCUGCUGAGGCAAUGCAGGUAUCCCAUGUCAGAAAUUCUGAAGAAGAUGACAUGGCUUAUUUUGAAAAGCGGUACCAGGAACGGUUGAAAAAGGAGAAGGCUGCUAAACAGAAAGGAAGAGGUCCAUUGCCUUCAAAAAAUCCAUGAAGGUUGAUGAAAAAAAUAAGUUCUUGCAAUACUUGAUACUGAAGCAUAUCUUCAUCAUAUUUGUUGAAUGUCUGUAGUUUUCAGUUUCUCAUUAACAAUAUUGCUGUAUUAAAAUACUGAUAAAAUUAA